AUGGUGAAGUGCAGUGCUCCUUUGUGCAGCAACGCAACUUAUAAGAAAACAGCUGAAAUUUCUUUCCAUCGGUUUCCAAAGGAUGAAAAUAUAAAACUUGCGUGGUUGAGCAACAUAAAGAGACCAGACUGGCAGCCCACAUCAGCUAGUGUGCUAUGCUCCAAGCAUUUUGAAGCAUCCUUAAUAGAUAAAAGCGGAUUUCGAACGGUGCUUGCUCCAGGAGCCAUUCCAACAAUCUUUGAUCUGGUGCAAGACAUUAUGCCUACUUCAACAAUUACAAACGAAGGACAGAUUCUGCGAGAAAUUCAAAACAUACAGCAUGGUGUGUCUAGUACAGUCCCGAAUUACGAUGAAGACAAUCAUAGAAAAGAAGAAGAAAUAAGAAAAAUGAAAUAUAAAGCCGUCCUCAAAAAUAAAAAAGAUAAAAGCACUGAGACAACAGAA